CUCAACCAAAUGCCUCUCGGUACGAGGUAACCACCCUUAAACGCGAGUUGAAGGUUUCCUGCCUCAUUCAAAGAUUUCGCACACUGAUUCAUCUGAAGGAACAGGCCUGAAGCCCCCCUCUAUUCUCCUCACUUGAUUGUCAUUUGGGGUUACUUCCGGGGAAGCACUCUAAACCGUCUGACCGAAUGUUGUCGUAGAAGGAUUUCUCCUUUCUUCGUCCUCCGCCUUCGAAGCCUGACCGAAAACCCAUCUCUUAUCUGCCACAAUCGAAGCGUCUCCGUCUUCCUAAGCCCCCAAGAAGCGAACUCAUCGAAUUAAACAGGCUAACAUUUACAUCCUGAUAUGCAGUUAGACUAAAAUUUUCCUCCACCAUUGAUAAAUGAAAAGCAGAUUCGGUUUGGCAAUUUAGAUUCUUGUUGAACGAUUUUGGGGGGCUCCUGUUAAUGGGUGCUCCAAAGCAGAAGUGGACUGCAGAAGAAGAAGCGGCCCUUAAGGCCGGAGUAUUAAAGCAUGGGGCAGGCAAAUGGCGCACAAUACUCAAAGACCCAGAAUUCAGCGGUGUCUUGUCUUUGCGUUCAAAUGUUGAUCUCAAGGACAAGUGGAGGAAUAUGAGUGUGACGGCAAAUGGUUGGGGAUCUAGGGAGAAAGCUCGGUUAGCACUUAAAAGGAGUCAACAGAUCCCUAAAUAUGAUGAUAACCCAAUGGCUCUUAGUACAGUAGUUCGAAGCGAUGAGGAAAUUGUUGAUGUCAAGCCCCUUGCAAUCUCUGGUGGAGCGUUGCAGAUUGAUGGCCCCAAAAGAUCAAUAUUGUCAAGGUUGGACAAUCUUAUAUUGGAAGCUAUAACCAAUUUGAAGGAUCCCAGUGGUUCAAACAAGACCUCUAUUGCUUUAUACAUUGAGGAUCAAUACUGGGCACCACCAAACUUCAAAAGGCUAUUGUCAGCAAAGUUGAAAUAUUUGACUGCAAGUGGAAAAUUAAUUAAGGUAAAGCGCAAGUACAGGAUUGCACCAAGCUUGGCUUUCUCAGAAAGAAGAAGAAGCUCUGGCCUGUUACUCCUGGAGGAAAGGCAGAAGGAUUCUUCAAGAGCAGAGAAGUAUGAUAGCAAGAUUCUUACUAAAUCCCAGAUUGAUGCUGAGCUAGCAAAGAUGAGAAAUAUGACCGCAGAGGAGGCUGCUGCUGCUGCUGCUCGAGCUGUUGCAGAGGCAGAAGCAGCUAUUGCAGAAGCUGAGGAGGCAGCAAGGGAGGCAGAUGCUGCAGAAGCUGAUGCAGAAGCAGCCCAAGCCUUUGCUGAAGCAGCAAUGAUGACAUUGAAGGGCAGAAAUACCUCUAAGCUGAUGAUUCAUGCAUGACUGAAACCUCCCAAAUGGGCUAUCUUGAGUGAUGAAGAUGCAAGGUUGGGGAAUAUAUUGACUUGAAAGAGUGUCUGUAUGUCUUCAUUUUCCUGUAAACAUGUCUGUAAAUAUGGUAAGGCUUGUAAAAUAGUCAAAUGCAAGAUUCAUCAUUUCAUCUAUGAUGAUAACCUUGCUCAUAAAAAUCUCCGAAUCGGCUUUGGCUCCACAAACUGUUGUUCAUUCUUAAGAUAGGACUCUCUUUUUUGGUGCCUUUUUUUGAGGCUAAUCUACUGAAUUGAGAACUAAAUGUACUACAGUUUGAAUCUGGAGAAAAUCACAGUUUAAAGAAAACCAAGAGGUUUUGAAUUGGACAAGGAA